AUGCUCGCAAAAGCAGCCAUUCAGGCCUUGUCCCAGGUUCUGUCCCCACACCAGGUUAUUCCGCAAGAUACCGAUGAAUUUCAGGUACUGAACGGAUCUUAUCGUUCUGCCUUGCAGAGUGAUAUCACUCCAGCAUGCAUUAUUCGGCCAUCCAGUACCGAAGACGUUGUCACCUUCUUACGUACAAUUCACCCCUUCGUUGACCGAGGCGAGGUGGCGUUUGCGAUUCGGGGCGCGGGCCAACAGCCUGCCCCGGGUUGUUCCAACAUUCAGGAUGGCAUAACUCUGGACUUGGGUCUCCUGACUGAAAUUGAAGUAAAAGAAGGCCAUGUGUCUAUCGCAGCCGGCGAACGCUGGGGAUCGGUCUACGAAAAGCUGGACGUCGCCGGGCUUGCUGUCACUGGGGCCCGCUCGUCCAGGGGCGGAAUUGGUGGACUGGCGCUUCAGGGUGGUCUUUCCUUCUUCUCCUCCCGAGAAGGGUUCAUCUGCGACAACGUUGUGAACUAUGAGAUCGUCCUGGCAUCCGGAGAAGUCAUACAAGCCAAUGCCCAUGAGAACCCCGACCUGUGGAUUGCCCUUCGCGGCGGUGCUAAUAACUUCGAAAUCGUUACUCGCUACGACAUGCGGACGUUUCCACAAGGUCGGUUCUGGGGUGGCAGCGUGUAUUACUUUGAGCCCAGCUUUCCUAGCCAGAUGGAAGCGCUAGUCACAGAAGUGCAAAAGCCCGAUGCUACAGAAGAGACUCAUCUCAUGAUCAGCAUCGGGUACGCGGCGCAAUUCGGCCAAACAAUGUGUCAGAACCAGGUAUACUACACUCAGAACGUUGAAAAGCCCGCCGUGCUGGAGCCGUUCACGGCGAUCGAACCGCAGGUCGAUCAGCUAAAUUCCAUGCGAUUGCAAAGCCUGAAAGAGGCCGCCUCAGAGCAGGCAUCUGUGGCCAUGGACCAGUUGAGAUGUGCAUACAUGAACAUCACGGUUCAGGCAGACGUUGAGACGCUACAGACUGCUAGUCAGGUCUACACUUCCGCAAUCGAGCCCAAGUCCGCCGAGCAUGGUGGUAGCUCCCUUGGCUUAGAGGCGGUGAAUGGACCAGUGGUGUCCGUUCUUUUAUUGACGUACUGGAAAAAUCGCAGCGACGAUGAGCAGGUUCUGGGUACCAUGAGGGGCGUGCUUGAAAGGAUCGAGGAGGCUGUUGAGUCCAGAGGUCAGAGUGUUCCGUUCCGGUUCAUGAACUAUAGCUGUACGUUCCAGGACCCCAUUGCUUCAUAUGGACCUGAGAACAAGCAGAGAAUGCAGAACGUGAGUCGUAAGUAUGACCCGAAAGGCAUGUUUCAGAAGGGUGUUCCGGGUGGUUUUAAGUUGUUUAAUUGA